CUCAAAUUCGACCUCACCAGGGUGAUGGUAUCUGGUGAAAGUGCUGGGGGUUAUGUGUCCGCAGAAUCGAUUAUUCAUGCACAUCCUCAACUGGAAGUCAGAGCACUGCUACUUCGUUACCCCAUGCUUCGUCAUUACAAGCGCUCUGACGCCCACGAAUCGGAGCUCCCGUACAUGGGAAGGCCGCAAAUCAAGAAUGACGUUCAAAAGUUUGUCCAGCCCCUUUGGGACAAGACUCAAGAGAUACGUCAGAAGAUGAAAGAUCGUGGGCUGAUUGACGCCGCCAAGGGCAUUUUUGCCGAUAUUCUGGACCGCCGUAGUCCACCGCGCGGCAUGAACGGCGCCUUCCUCACGUCCUGGUUUGGAACGUGGUCUGGCUUCUUCGGAAGAUCAAAGCUAGAUAUUCUGACGGAACUCGAACAGGCGAAUGCGAAAGGAGAGUCGGUUGGACCGCGUGACCCACCUGCGCUAUUUAUAUACCACGGGACGGAAGACGGAAACGUACCUCUCGAAGUGUCCACCACUUUCGUAAGAGAGUAUGAGAGGAUGUUAAAGAGUAAGAACCUGGCAGGAAAAGUGCCAGUAGUGUUCAAGACGAUCAAAAGGGGGCAUGGUUUUGACUAUGAGUUCAAGGGGAACGAGGUUUUCGAUGACGAGACAACAUUUAAAGAGUUCAUGGAUCAUCUACUCAAGGUGUGGCUCCGAAAGGGUUGAUCGCUGUCUGGAGACUAUAUGUUGGUCGCUGGACGUCCGUCUACAUUCCGGGCUGAUUUUUCCUUGGUUCUGAAUAUGGUUGUACUUUGGUCGUUCCUGUCAGCAUUGGCUGGUUAGCGGGCAUAUAUCCAUUCAAUUAGGCAAUGUGUAGCGAUGUAAUCUACAAUUUAAAG